AUGCACGUAGUAAACAAUAACAGAUGUGACAGUUGCAACGAUUUCGAUAACGCAUCGCACAUCAUAUUCAGCUGUUCCAAAUACAACUCUGCAAGACAAAAUUACCCAACACUGAAAAAAUACCACGACAUUUACCAUUUCUUUAAACACGAACCAACAAACUCAUACCAAAUUAUAAUUGAAUAUCUGGAAAAAAUUAAGAUUAGCAUCUGAAUAACCAACCAGUAACCAAAUCAAGAGCUUGGCGAUUUCCACGUUCGCGAGGGCGGCCAAAUAACUCCACGGCACUUACGGGUGUUGCGGCAACUUAAACCACAAAAAAGAAGAAGAAAACGAAUUGCAUUAGGAUGGUAAAAAUAACACUACCCAAUCAGGAGGAGCGGAGGGAAUUGCUGGCCUCCCGCAUUAAGAACCUGAGCAACUACUACAAGAUCGCCGACAACGUGUGUCCGCUGGAAAUGGCGACCCGGACCAAAAAUUUUACGGAGGAUGAGCUGUGUGAACUGGUGCACCGUGCAGCCAGUGAGGCCUGUGCCCGGGUCUCCUCCACCAACGGAGAUCCGGAUGGGGAAGGUCUGCAAGUCAUGCUUGAAGAUUUUCUGAAUGCCCUGAAGGGGCUGGUGCCCAGAUUCGGGGUGCAAAGGGAUAACCUUGAGCAGAUAAUGCCAAAUGGCUUUCUCUACUAUCGUGAGAACAAGAAACGGGAUGAGUUGAUCGAUUUUCCGAUUGAAGGAUUGUUCUGCCAGUUGAUCGAGGGUGAUCCCAAGUCUGGUCUGUCAACCGUUGCUGCUAAAAUGGCACUGGAAAGUGGCAUCCCCUUUGCAAGACACAUCUCGGCCGCAGAUUUAAUGGACCUCGGCGAGUCCGCCAAAAUUCACUAUAUACAGAACGUCCUGGAAGACGCAUAUGUUUCCCGUCGCAGCUGCGUUAUUUUCGAUGAUUUAGAGCGAAUCCUGGACUACGGAGCCCUGGGAAUGCGGUACUCCAACGCAAUACUUCAAAUGCUGAUGGUACUCCUAAAGAAACAACCGCCCAGGGGCCACGGGCUGGUCAUCCUGUGCACUUCUAAUCGCCGCGAUGUCCUGCAGCAGCUGGGCAUGAUGCCAGUCUUCACUGCGGUACACCAUGUGCCCAAUCUCUCCACGCCGGCUGACAUCAUGGCCGUAAUGGAAUCUUCUAAGCGAUUCGAGCCCGAGGAGAUGGGACACAUUAAAGACGCCAUGGAGGGCAGGCACAUCUCCAUGGGCAUCAAGCGGCUGCUUGAUCUGAUGACCUGGGUCAGUCCCCUCAAGCCGGAUCGUCGUGCUGCCAAAUUCCUCCAGAAAAUGGGCGAAGCAAUGGGAUGGGGACAACACUGACUUUGAUUCCCCAUCUCCCACCGCUUUGAGUACCUCAAUAAUUUUAAGAAUGCAGGCAGAGUUCUGUGUACUCCAUUAAUUUAAAAAAAAUCCAAUUUUUUUUUAGUUUUGUAAACAAUCUUCGAAGGCAAUUCCGUCCUGGCAUUUUAAGAACCAGUUUCACAAAAGGACUUUAAAGGUCUAUAUUAUAAUCCAUAGGCAUUUAUUGCAACGGUCUUAGGACCAAAAAGAGCAGCCUAACAAUGUGAUUGGCAUAACCCAUAUUUUAAGUUGUUUUUACUAACAAGUAUGAUUUUUAUACAAAAGAAAUAAACAAAUGCCCAAUAUUUA